AUGGAGAUAUCGGGCCCGAACGCGCUCAAUCGCUCUGUUCAAGGCCUAUGGUCUACACACCGCAAAAAGAUCAACCUAAACUCGCCCGCACCUUCUCCCGGGACAAGUACUCCUCCAGCGGCGACUCCGGCAACCGAAGAACCCGUACCGGCCUCUCUCUCAGUCCCCGCACCUGCGGACGCGCCGGCGCCUACAGAGCCGACCACAGACGGCCCGCCCCCAUCAACCGGCAAGCGCAAAGUGCGCUCCUCGCGCACGGACGAUGCCGGCGGCAGCGGCAGCAAGCGCUCGCGCACCACCGGCGGCGCGAUCUCGAAAGAGCACACCCCGCCUACCGCGCGGCUUGCCGAUCUGGGCGGCGUAGAGCCGUGCGUGGAGAAGAUGCUCGAGCUCGUGGCGAUGCCGCUGUGUCAUCCGGAGAUAUAUUUGCAUACGGGUGUGCAGCCGCCUAGGGGUGUGCUGUUGCAUGGGCCGCCGGGGUGCGGGAAGACGUUGCUUGCGAAUGCUAUUGGCGGGGAACUUGGUGUGCCGUUCAUCAUGGUCUCAGCGCCAUCCAUCGUGUCCGGCAUGUCUGGUGAAUCGGAAAAGACUCUACGCGAGACGUUUGAAGAGGCGAAGCGAGUCGCACCAUGUCUACUCUUCAUCGACGAAAUAGAUGCCAUCACACCCAAACGCGAAAGCGCACAACGCGAGAUGGAACGUCGCAUCGUCGCGCAGUUCCUCACUUGCAUGGACGAGCUCUCCUGGGACAAAACCGACAACAAACCAGUCAUAGUAAUAGGCGCCACAAACCGCCCCGACUCGCUCGACGCCGCCCUCCGCCGCGCAGGACGCUUCGACCACGAGAUCGGCAUGUCCGUCCCCGACGAUGCCGCGCGUGCUCAGAUCCUCCGCGUACUCUGCGCCAAAUUGCGUCUUUCCGGGGACUUCGACUUUGACCUCUUAGCGAAACAGACGCCGGGAUAUGUCGGCGCUGAUCUGGCGAGUCUGACGGGCGCGGCGGGCGUUGUGGCCGUCAAGAGGAUAUUCAGGCAGUUGGCGAGCGGGGAGAUCGUGUUGCCUGAUAUGGACGCCACUACGCUCGCGCAGACCACGGAUGGCGAUGCGGAGAUGCAGGUCGACGACGCGCCGCCGGCCAAGGCGGACGAGAAAAAAGUCAUCGCGCCGCUCGCGAAUCUCUCGCUCGACCUAGCGCACUCCUCCAUCGCCGCCUUCCUCCGCGCGCACCCCUCGCCCCUCACGCCCGCCCAACUCGAGCCCCUCUGCCUCACAUCCUCCGACUUCGCCCUCGCGCUCAAACACGUCCAGCCCAGCGCGCAACGCGAGGGCUUCGCGACGGUGCCCGACGUAGUGUGGGCCGAUAUCGGGGCGCUGCACAAUAUACGGGGCGAGCUGCAUAUGGCUGUUGUGCAGCCUAUUCGGCGGCCGGAGCUGUUUAGGGCUGUGGGGGUUGAUGCGCCGUGUGGGGUGCUGUUGUGGGGCCCGCCGGGGUGCGGGAAGACGUUGCUUGCGAAGGCUGUGGCGAAUGAGAGUAGGGCGAAUUUUAUUAGUGUUAAGGGGCCGGAGCUGCUCAACAAGUAUGUCGGCGAGAGCGAGCGCGCUGUACGCCAGGUGUUCGCAAGGGCGAGGGCGAGCAGUCCAUGUAUCAUCUUCUUCGACGAGCUGGACGCGCUCGUACCGCGCCGUGACGACAACCUCUCUGAAUCCUCUGCACGCGUAGUCAACACGCUCCUCACCGAGCUCGACGGUCUCGACGCUCGCCGGGGCGUCUUCGUCCUUGGCGCAACGAAUAGGCCCGACAUGGUAGACCCUGCGAUGUGCCGUCCUGGUCGACUGGACAAGUUGUUAUACGUCGAUCUACCUGGUCCGGAGGAGCGUGGCGAGAUUGCGAGGACAUUGCUUCUGAGGCGCAAGGUGCCUCUGGCCGGUGGAGAAGACACAAGCGGCGAGAUCGAGAAGAUCAUCAGAGAUAAAGCGGACGGGUACAGCGGCGCCGACAUCGCGUCCGUCGUACGCGAAGCUGGUGUGCUCGCUUUACGACGCGUACUGGGCAGACUCGAGGAUAUGGACGAGGGCGAGCGAGGCGGGGAGGUUAGAGUGGAGGUUGCGGACUUUGAGAGGGCGCUCGAGAAGGUGCCGCCUAGUGUUAGUCGGAGUCAGAGGAGGAGGUAUGAGGCGCUUCAUGGGAAGUUUGCUGGGAUUCCUGUUGGUGGGGGUAAGAAGGAUGUUGUUGACGAGGCGCCGGAGAAGAGUGAGGGCCCGAAGGAGGGCGCGGCGGGGCCUGAGAUGGCCAUGUAA